AUGUGGCGUAUAGCAAAUAGUGUUUAUCGUGCUUUUCGAAAUACAGCUACUCAUCGUUGUUCACAAGAUGUUCUCGGUCCAUUAACUACUAUACAUAAUACAGAUGAUGAUGAUUCAGAUUUAAAAAAGAAAGAAAAAUGUACAAUCACGAAAAAAAGCAAUAUCUGUGAAGUUUUGAAAAAUAAUCAAUUUUCAUAUGAAAAUAUUGAAAAAAUACAAGAAGAUUUAAAGAAAAUUUCUUUCAAACAAGUUUUAACAAAAAAAACAAAUGUUGUUAAAUCUAUUGAAACUCAAAAAUCGAACUGUAUUGAUAAAGAAGUUUCAUCAACUACUUCUUCAAAUAAAACAGAAGAAACUCUUGAUUCAUUACUACAAGCUGAUAAAACUUAUAUGAAUACUCUAAAAGAUCUAUCUGAUUUACAUGAAGAAACAAUGUCUAUUAUCAAUCUUGAAAUAGCUCUCGAUGCUAUUGAAUCUGGUAAUUAUCAAUUAGGUAUUGAAGCAUUAGAAAAUAGUGCAAAAAAUAAAACAAAUGCAGCAGCAUUAUAUAAUCUUGGUAUUUGUUAUGAACAAGGUAUUGGUGUUGAACAAGAUCGUGCUAAAGCAUGUGAUUAUUAUCGUCUAGCAUCUGCUUUAGGUCAUACGAAUGCUCAAUUUCAUUUAACAAAUCUUUCAAAUCAUAUUGAUAUUAAUGAUAAUGAAGAUGAAAUAAGUGAACGAACAAUAAGUGAAAAUAAUAAUUCAUUAUUACGUAAAGUUUUUCUUCAAUUUUCAUUAUCAAUGAAUUAUAAAGAUGAGCCGUCAUUCAACAAUUAUCAAUUUGAGUCAGAAAAUAAAACCAUUGCAUGUUUAUAA